AUGCGCAGAGGCAAGCGGAAGGUGGUGGAUCUCAGCAGCGAUGAGGAGAGUGACUAUGCCCCGCCGUCUGAUGACGAGGAGCCUAGUUCCCCUGUCAUGAUGGACGAUGCUCCUGAGCCUGUAAAGAAGCAGACAUCUAGGCCGGCGACCAAGAAGGUCAAACUUCCUCCACCACUACCACCAGCUCUUGCCUCAAAAGGUGUGUAUAACAAGGGAAAAAAUGGCUUUUGCUUCACGAGCUUGCAGAAAUCGAAACCCAAGGUCAACAGCCAAACUGAUGCGGCAUCACCGACUACCCCACCGCGUGUGCCCACCAGAAAGCCUCAGCCGACGACACCAUCUACACCGACACCUGCGUCUCAGAGGUCCAAAAUUGUUACGUCAAAGACUCAAGGAGCAACGGUAUCGCGCUCACCCCGAAAAGCCAAGCUUGAUGCAUCUGCAAAGAUUACGCAGCUCAGCGAAGCCGAAUUAGAAACUCGGACCAGCAUUGCUAUCGACGAAGCGAACCAGCGCGAGAGAGCAACAGCUGAAGCUGGAGUUUUCGAGCAAGUCAGAGGUGGCAUGCGGGCCAUGUCAAUCACACCGGCGCCUGGCAACGCUGCAGAGGACGUGGAAAUGCUGGCCGACGUCUCAGACUCCGAGAUCACAUCCCCCAAACACGGCGCUGGAUUGAGUUCAUGGACAGACUCUCGCUUCAACGGUGACAGGUAUCUUGCCAAGUCUCGCGCUGCUCGGCCCAUAGUGGAAGACGACGAAGACGACGACUACGACGACCCGGACAUCAGUAAGUACAGCGUCAUCAACGGCAUUAUUGUGCAUGAGGCGGAUCGAGAGAGACUGAGACUGACGCAAGAGCAGGAAAGGCUUAUGAAAUCAAGAGGGACAGACGGUGGCAGUCGCGCACGUGUAGUGACCGCAGUUGAGAUGCCGGAGCAUGCUCAGGGUAUGGCCGGGCGGAGUGGGAGGCGCGCGAGGAAGACUAUGAGAUGA